AUGGGUGCCCGAUCAACCUCCGCCUCCGAGGUGGAGAAAUCCUCAACCAACUACCCAGGCGUUUCUACCGAGCAACAAGAGACCGUCCUCUCCGAUGCCUCCCUCGAGCCCUACGGACCCUCUGCUCUCUGCGCUGCCUUCUCGGCAAUCGGUGGUCUCCUCUUCGGUUACGAUCAGGGUGUUAUCUCAGUCACCCUGGUCAUGGACCAGUUCCUUGAGCGUUUUCCCGAGGUAUCUGACCACGCUGCUGGCUCUGGCUUCAAGAAGGGUCUCAUGACUGCCAUGAUCACUUUGGGUGCCUUCAUUGGUGCCAUGAACCAGGGUUGGCUUGCCGACAUGAUCUCCCGAAAGCGCUCCAUCAUGGUUGCUGUUGUCAUCUUCACCAUUGGCUCCUCUAUCCAGACUGCGGCUGUCAACUAUGAUAUGCUCGUUGGAGGUCGAUUCAUCGGUGGUUUGGGUAUUGGCAUGCUUUCCAUGGUCGUUCCCCUCUACAUCUCCGAAAUCUCGCCUCCCGAAAUCCGCGGUUCUCUCCUCGUCUUCGAACAACUUUCCAUCGUCUUCGGCAUCGUCGACAUUCCCAACCACUGGUCCUGGCAGCUUCCCUUCCUCAUUCAGAUUCUCCCCGGUCUCCUGCUUGGAUUCGGCGCCAUCUUCCUCCCCUACUCCCCUCGCUGGCUGGCAUCAAAGGGCCGCGAAGAAGAGGCCCUCUUCAACCUCGCAAAGCUUCGUGUUCUCCCCGACACCGACCCGCGCGUUCGCCGCGAGUGGAUGGAGAUUGUUUCCGAGGCUCGCUUCCAGUCCUCAAUUCUUGCUGAACGCCACCCUACACUUGUCGGAGGCGGUAGCAUUGCCAGCACGAUUAAGCUCGAGUUUGUUGCUUGGGGUGAUUGCUUCAAGAAGGGAUGUCUGAGACGUACGCACGUUGGUGCUGGUCUCAUGUUCUUCCAGCAAUUUGACCAACAUUUCGACAGAUUCGUCGGAAUCAACGCCCUGAUCUACUACUCACCUACCCUGUUCGCGACUAUGGGACUCGACCACAACAUGCAGCUGAUCAUGUCCGGUGUUCUCAACUGCGUUCAGUUGGUUGGUGUUAUUCCCAGUCUGUGGACCAUGGAUCGAUUCGGACGUAGAUCGCUUCUCUUGACAGGUGCCGUGGGCAUGACGAUCUCGCAAGCCGUCAUCGCUAUUCUCGUUGGACUGUACUCGAACGACUGGCCCAGCCAUACCACUCAGGGCUGGGUCAGUGUGGCUUUCUUGUUGAUGUACAUGUUUGUCUUUGGCGCGACAUGGGGACCUGUGCCCUGGGCCUUGCCUUCUGAGGUGUUCCCCUCUUCGCUCAGAGCCAAGGGUGUUGCUAUCUCUACUUGCUCCAACUGGAUCAACAACUUCAUCAUCGGCCUCGUUACUCCUCCCCUUGUCCAGGGAACCGGCUUCGGCGCAUACGUCUUCUUCGCUGCUUUCUGCCUCCUGGCCUUCGUUUGGGUUUGGUUCUGUGUGCCGGAGACGAACGGAAAGACUCUUGAGCAGAUGGACGAGGUGUUUGGUGACCGUACUGGACUUGACGACGUGGCGAAGAAGAACCAGAUCUUCCGGGAGGUUGUGGAUGAGCAGACCCAUGCCACGGUCACUCUGUCAGCUUAG